UGUGGUAUAUACAAUUUGACAACACCAAUUUUGCUCGUUAAUGACUUAGAUUUGAUCAAAACCAUUACCAUCAAGGACUUUGAUUAUUUUACUGACCAUAUGAAUCAUGCAAGGGAAAAAGUAGACCCUGCGUGGAGCAGAGGUCUCUUUGCUAUGAUUGGAGAACCGUGGCGCGAUAUGAGAUCAAUACUAAGUCCAGCAUUUACUAGUAGCAAAAUGCGUUAUAUGUUCAAUCUGAUUAACGAUUCUGCCGAACAUUUUGCAGAAUUUUACUUGAAACAGAAUAAAGAUAUAAUUUCUUUGGAAUUGAAGGAUGCUUAUACAAAAGCAACUACUGAUAGUCAAAGAUAG